UGGCUGCUCGGGAGGGGCCUGGGCGGCCACCGCGGGUUUCCCUGUGAGGUGGGCUGUGAUGGAGCCCUCCGCGGGCAGCGAGGAGGACAGUGGGGGAGACGCGGCCUCAGCGCCAGGUUCGAAUAGGAUUCCGGUGCCCAGACCGCCCUCCAUAGAGGAAUUCAACAUAGUGAAGCCCAUUAGCCGUGGCGCCUUCGGGAAGGUGUACCUGGGGCAGAAAGGAGGCAAGUUGUACGCGGUGAAGGUUGUCAAAAAAGCAGAUAUGAUCAACAAAAAUAUGACUCAUCAGAUACAAGCUGAAAGAGAUGCGCUGGCACUAAGCAAAAGUCCUUUUAUUGUCCAUUUGUACUAUUCGUUGCAAUCAGCAAGCAAUAUCUACUUGGUAAUGGAAUAUCUUAUUGGUGGAGAUGUCAAGUCUCUCCUACAUAUAUAUGGUUAUUUUGAUGAAGACAUGGCUUUGAAAUACAUAUCUGAAGUAGCACUGGCUCUAGACUACCUUCAUAGACAUGGAAUCAUCCAUAGGUAAAGACAACUUUUCUAUAAAGUGUUACUAAAAAUACAAGUAAUCAAACUAAAUACUAAAUAUUUGCAUAACCAUUUCCCCAUAUAACAAAGUUAUCUAUAGUUUAAAACUAACAUGUGAGUUAGGAAUUUCAUCAACUCUUCUUUUGUCUGCCUGCAUUUUCUGAAUAUGUUGCUUUUACCAGGAGCAUUUUAUUUAUUAUUUUAUUGUGAAGAAUAUUGAACCUUUUUCCACUCCUUUAUCAUCAAACAGAAGUGCUAUAUUUUAUAAUCCCAGUGAUUUACAAUGAUUCGCUCAGUGCAAAGAAAAUCAGAUUAGGUGACUCAGCUAUA